UCAUACAGCCCCAAACACACACGACACGACACGCAUACACAGACACACAAAAAACAGAAGGGCCUACAAGACAAAAUCAGGAUAUGACAUCAUUCACAGGAUAGGGAAGCCACAAAACUUUUCUAUUUGUGUUGAUCUUUUCUGUAUUCUAGAGAGGCUUUCGUGCAGUACAUGUAGCUGAUGAGUGAAAAGUUAAAGGUUUCUUAAAGGAUAGUUUGGAUUUACACAUACUGCCCUCUUGGAGAAAACAGGAAUUCUUCUCAAGUUUCCAACAGAUCCCUCAACAUUCCAAGUGUCAUCAGUGGGACUAAAACCAGAAAAUCCCCCAUUUGAUGGGACUGUGGCUCAGUGAAUUACUAUGAAAAAUCCAGAUCCUGACUGGUAGCCGACUCCAUCAUCACCCUCCACAGACCAGCAAUGGAUUUUUGCUUGGGCCAGGUUUUCAGCAAAGAUAAGACAUUCCGGCCCCGAAAGCGUUUUGAACCUGGAACACAGCGCUUUGAACUGUACAAAAGAGCCCAAGCUUCAUUGAAAUCAGGCCUUGACCUUCGGAAAGUCGUGCAGCUGCCAGAAGGGGAGAACAUUAACGAUUGGAUAGCCGUGCACGUCGUGGAUUUCUUCAAUCGUAUCAACCUCAUCUAUGGGACGGUCAGUGAGUUCUGCACCGAGAAGAGCUGCCCAAUCAUGUCUGGCGGACCACGAUAUGAAUACAGGUGGCAGGAUGGAGAUCAAUACAAGAGGCCCACCAAACUGCCUGCUCUUGUAUACAUGAGCCUUCUGAUGAACUGGAUCGAAUCACUUAUUAACAAUGAGGACAUCUUUCCUACAAGAGUAGGAGUCCCUUUUCCUAAAAAUUUCCAGCAGGUUUGCAAGAAGAUCUUAAGCCGGCUCUUUCGGGUUUUUGUACACGUCUACAUUCAUCACUUUGACACCAUCUGCAAUAUGGGAGCGGAAGCUCACAUCAACACCUGCUACAAACAUUACUAUUACUUCAUCUCGGAGUUCACUCUCAUCGAUCAGUCAGAGCUGGAGCCUCUGAAAGAAAUGACAGAGAAGAUCUGCCACUGAAAGAUUGUGUUGAUUGGAUGUGCCUGCAAAAGCACACAAUGUCGAUAUGAGCCAGAAAAUCAAUCACUUCAAACAUUCAGAACAAUAUGUGAAGUCUGAUCUGAGAUCAAAGACUCUUAAGUGAGCAAACUGCAGUAUGAAACAUGUAUUUCGUGUCCUUUAAUUCUAUGUGUGUCUUCUAAAGGCAACACAAACUUAAAAUUCACCAGUAAAUGUCAACAAUGACACAUUUGUUAUCCUUGCAUUGGAGUAUUGGUAUGGAGUAUGCAUACAUUUCUGAGAAUUUCAUAAUGUGAUAUUUUUCCUUAAGGGGAGGGAAAUUUGAUAUUGCAUGUUUUAACCUCUGUUGUGAGACUGUUAUGGUUCAAGUCAACCUGAUAAACAGGUUCAAGUUGUUAUAUUCUUGCUCUGUCAUGUCUGUAUGGGGGCAGAAGCCUUGGGUUGCUUUAUUUAACCAGGGUAUGUGCACUAAGAAACCAUUAUGAUGCUUGUGACUGAUAAGAAACAGCACAUAAAUGUUUUGUUUUUCUUGCAUGCAAACAGAUUUGAAAUACAUUUUCCAAUUACUUUUCUUAAAAAUGACUUAUUUUCUUGUUAAGAGAUAAGAGUUUUGGAUGGGAUCUUGGAAACAGCCAAAGAUUUUAAUUUGCUUACUAUAACUACCAUGCUUGCUCUCUAAAAUGCAACUGCAGAUGUAAUUUUCCCCAUCCUCAUUCUGAUUAUCAUAAUGUCAAAACGUUGGGUUGUUUUAAAAAUAUUCGGUUAAUUUAACCCGGUGGUUCUCAAACUUUUUUAGUGUGCGGCCCCAAAGAAAAUUUAUGAAAAAUUUUUUUUAAACGUAAACAUAUUAAAGUAUACAAGGCAGUGCUGUUGGUUAGAAGCCUUAUUUAAAUUUAUGUAUUUUAUCAAAUGUCAUAAAACAGAGGCCCCCCCGGCACUAUCUCGCGUCCCCCAGUUUGAGAACCAGUGAUUUAACCCAUUACUGGGUUCAUACCUUUUUCACACAACACGUCAUUUUUUAGAGCGUUACAUUAUAUGCAGGUUAUUAUAAGAAGAGCAUACUAAGUAAGUAUGUGGUAAGUGCAAAAUAUUAAAAUUCAUUUUAAUCAUCUGCAUAAGCUGAGCACAAAUGUAAAUAAAGAA